AUGAAAAUUCCUGAUAUUGUCAAAAAAGUUCCUAAUGAAAAUAAAAACGAAACGAUAAAAGUUCAAAAAGAACCUAUAACUACUGAAAAUCAUAAAAAGAUCAAUUCAAAACAAACAACGAGGCUGAAUAAUAUAAAAUUAUCUCCCGAUGUAUCGUCGAAUGAUAUUUCGGAAGAUAGUGAAACAAGCACUCCUGAAGACACGUUCGACCAUAAUGUAAGACAUAAAAAAGACAAUAAACAUAAUAAAGAACAGAUAAAUAAGAAGACAGUUCCAAAAAGUAAUCUCGAUAUUAAGGACGAACCAAUUACUGACAAAAACGCUAAUAAAAAAUCUGAAACUCCAAUGAAAAAUGCUGGAAUUUUGAUUACUGACAAAAACGCUAAUAAAAAAUCUGAUACUGACAAAAACGCUAAUAAAAAAUCUGAAACUCCAAUGAAAAAUGCUGGAAUUUUGAGUAUAAAUAUGCUGUCGGAACCCUUUAUUCCUACUGUUAAAUCUGAAAUAAAAGAAAAACCAUCUAAAAAAGAUAUUGUUAAGGAAAUUCCUGAGAAUCCCAAUAAAGUUUCUAAUGACAGUAAAAAUGAAACGCCAAAAUUACCGAAAAAACCCAUUGCUGCUGAAUAUCAAAAAAACAUCGUAAACGGAGUAAUGCAGUCGGCGCCCAUAAAUCCAACAAAUAAAUCUGAAACAAAAGAAAAGCCAUUUAGAAAGGAUAAGGCUAUUGAAAUUCCUGAAAUGGCCAAAAUAAGUUCUAUUGAUAGAAAAAAAGAAUCGCCAAACGUCCCGAAAAAACCCAUUGCUGCUGAAUAUCAAAAAAACAUCUUAAACAAAGUAAUGCAGUCGGCGCCCAUAAAUCCAACAAAUAAAUCUGAAACAAAAGAUAAUCCAUCUAUAAAGGAUAAGGGUACUGAAAUUCCUGAAAUGGCCAAAAUAAGUUCUAUUGAUAGUAAAAAAGAAUCGCCAAAAGGCCCGAAAGAACCCAAUGCUGCUGAAAAUCAGAAAUUGGUCGUUUCGAAUCAAACAACGAAGCCGAAUAAACAAAAAUUGUUUCCCAAUGUAACGAAAGGGGAUAUUUCGGAAAACAGUGAAAUAAGCACUCCAGAAGACACGAUCGACCCCGUUGUAGUUCAUAAAAAAGAUAAUAAAAAUAAUAAUACAAAGAAUACUAAUAUCAUAGAUCCGAUGGGUAAUCCUGAAGUUAAAAUUUCACAAAUUGCCGACAAAAGACCUACCGACAAAAUUGGUACGCCUGAGAAAACUAUGGGAAUCGUAAAUAAAAAUAUGCGCUUAGAAACCUUGAAUCCAACAAUUAAAUCUGAUAUAAUAGAGAGAUCAUCUACAAAGGACAUUGAUAUGAAAAUUCCUGAUAUUGUCAAAAAAGUUCCUAAUGAAAAUAAAAACGAAACGAUAAAAGUCCAAAAAGAACCUAUAACUACUGAAAAUCAUAAAAAGAUCAAUUCAAAACAAACAACGAGGCUNUAG